AUGUUGGACCAGAACAUGGCAGGAUUCAUGAUGUCUAUGGACCCGCAAGCUGUCGUGAUGCACAGCCAGGAGAAGGCGAAAGUACCUCUAAGUGGAGGUGGUCCUAAGAGAACGGACUACAUCAAGAAGUUUGGUGGGACGAAUGAGACUGUGGAGGGAACAGCAACUGCUUCCACACAGCCUAUCACGACAAUGAUGCUGAAGAACAUCCCCUGCCGAAAGAGUCAAGAGGAGGUGAUGCUGACCAUUGAUGAAGAAGGCUUUGGUGGAAGGUACGACUUUUUCUACUUGCCUCGGGACGUCAAAUUUCGAGCAAACCUCGGAUAUGCCUUCAUCAACUUUAUCACCCCAGAGGAUUGCUGA